CCAUAUCCUCGAUGAGCUGGCGAUAAUGGGAGCCAAUACACAAUCUAGCACGUCAGCUGAGACGCUGGUUCGUGUAUGCGGAGAUGUUGUUCAACAAUUAGUACAAGCACACGAAACCGGAAAUCCUCUCAAUGUCGAUAAAGCACGAAAGGUGGCAUGUAAAAGACAUGGAUAUGGAGGUAUGCCAAGAUUGACCGAUAUUCUUGCAGCAAUUCCGGAACAAUAUCGUAAAGCACUUCUACCUGUCUUGAAAGCAAAGCCGAUCAGAAGUGCAAGUGGUAUCGCAGUGGUUGCAUUGAUGAGUAAACCACAUAGAUGUCCACAUAUCAGUUUGACAGGAAACGUUUGCGUUUACUGUCCUGGAGGACCUGAUUCAGAUUUCGAAUAUUCGACACAAUCGUAUACAGGAUACGAGCCUACAUCCAUGCGUGCAAUUCGAGCACGAUAUGAUCCAUUUGAGCAAAGCAGAAGUCGAAUUCAACAAUUGAAGGAACUUGGACAUUCGGUUGAUAAAGUGGAAUUCAUUGUGAUGGGAGGAACAUUUAUGAGUCUAUCGGAGGAUUACAGAAAUAACUUUAUCGCACAAUUGCACAACAGUUUGAGCGGUCACAGCACUUCCGAUGUGGAUGAAGCAGUACGAUACUCUGAACGAGCAAAGACAAAAGCAAUCGGAAUCACAAUUGAAACUAGACCGGACUACUGUCUCAAACCUCAUCUUUCACAAAUGCUACGGUAUGGUUGCACACGAUUGGAGAUUGGUGUACAGUCAGUAUACGAAGAUGUAGCUCGGGAUACCAAUAGAGGACACACAGUCAAAGCCACAUGCGAAACAUUCCAUCUUGCCAAGGAUGCCGGAUACAAGAUCGUUGCACACAUGAUGCCCAACUUGAUGAACGUAGAUGCCGAACGGGACAUUGCACAAUUUAUUGAAUUUUUUGAGAAUCCCGACUACCGAACAGACGGUUUAAAGUUAUACCCUACUUUGGUCAUCCGAGGUACGGGAUUAUAUGAAUUAUGGAGAACAGGAAGAUACAAGAGUUACACGCCUUCCUUCUUGAUCGAUCUUACAGCACGAAUCUUAGCACUUGUUCCGCCAUGGACUCGUGUCUAUCGUGUACAACGUGAUAUUCCUAUGCCUUUGGUUUCUUCUGGUGUUGAACAUGGAAAUUUGCAUCAAUUGGCAGAAGAACGGGUGAGAGAUUUCGGUUUGGAAUGUCGAGACGUUCGCAGUCGUGAAGUGGGCAUUCACGAAAUCAAGGAUAAAGUACGACCAACGCAAAUUGAAUUGGUUCGCCGUGAUUAUACAGCAAAUGGUGGGUGGGAAACAUUCUUGUCGUAUGAAGAUCCCCAGACGGACGUUUUGGUAGCUUUGCUCAGAUUGCGGAAGUGUUCUGAAGAGCAAACGUACAGACCUGAAUUAUUGGAAGCAGGUCAAACGAGCUUGGUUCGUGAAUUGCACACAUAUGGAUCUUCAGUUCCAAUUCAUUCUCGUGAUCCCACCGUUUUCCAACAUCAAGGUUUCGGCACCUUGCUCAUGGAACAAGCAGAGCGUAUUGCACGCUAUGAACAUGGUAGUAAGAAAUUGGCCGUUAUCAGUGGUGUAGGAACGAGAGAUUAUUAUAGACGGAUGGACUAUUUCCUUGACGGUCCAUACAUGAGUAAGAUGCUUGACGGCGAUGAUAACAGCGAUGACGAGUAUGAUUACGAUGAUUGAACGUUGGUCAAUUUGCAAUAUCUGUUCCUUUUCUCACUUGCAUUUGUAUACUAGUCUCAUUUUGAUACAUUCUAGAGAAGUUUGUGUGCUAUAG